AUGAGCGUUAUCACGCUCGUUUCGCUAGCCGGAUCAUUAUUGGCAGCGUGUUUGGGCACACCGUCCCGCCGACGGGAUAUCGGGCGCAUGCAGGUGCCGAGCGAGGCGCGCCGGCCGCUAAUCGAUCUAUCGAUCACAACUGAUGUAUUGGCGACACGCCGCCGACAGAGCGCGGUCAGCGGAACGCUCGCUAUGCCGCACUCAACUAUUCCACUAUUGGCCGACCCCACGCGCGCCGCGGCAAAUCGACACACGAGGAAAACAAUGGGCGAACGAUUCGAUGAA